AUCAGAUACAGCAAAUUCUGUUAUUAUUACAAGCCAAACGUUUAUAAGAUGGCUCCUACCUUCUGGUAUCUCGUACUUCUUGCGCCUCUGCUUGGGGCUGUUCAAGCUCAAUGCACCACUCCGAAGUCACGGACUUGUAACAGUGCUAGAACGUGGAUCAUAGAGUGCGAUGCUGGACUGCACGGUACACUGUGGGCAAAUUGUAAUGGAGCGAACUGCCGCACUUGCUCGACCCGUGGAGGAAUCGUUUAUCCCAGUUGUUCACCCUGCACUGACAGGUAGAUCGCUGCGAUAUACGCUACAGCAGCGCGGCGCGCCAGUCCUCUCGGCCAGCGCCGUGAGAGUAUUUGUGGCUUUACUUAUGCUCCCAACGAGUAGUUAGUUUUUCUCAAUAGUAAAACAUUACUUACUUGGCCCAACGGCUGCAGUGGC